UCAUCACACAUUCUCACACACACUUACUCUCACACAAUCUUCAACUUCAAGAAACUAACACCUCUCACCAACCACUUCCAAUCCAAUAAUGGCCUUCUUCACACUUGUUCCUGACCACUCAGUCUCUCAAACCCUGGAUCCUUUGCUUCUCUUCCAAUGGAGGGUUCAGCAAGAUUUAGAAUUUCACAUCUGGGUUUUGCAUUGGUGGCUCUUCUUUCAGCCCUGGCUCUUUCAUCCACCGUCGCCGACGACAAUGGCGGCGCAAUCGAUGAAAUUGCGGCUCGGUGUAACCUAGAUCUAUCCACCUUUAUGCCUCUUCCGUACAGUGACACCUCUAAUAUGGUCUGUAAACCUGUUUGGAAUACUUAUGUUCUUCAGUACUCCCAAAGUAAAGAUCAUGUUGUCACCAUUGUACUAUCUGCUGCAUAUACCACUGGAUGGGUAGGAAUGGCAUUUUCGAAAAAUGGGAUGAUGCUUAAUUCCAGUGCCAUGGCGGGAUGGAUUAAUAAAGAAGGCCAAGCAAAUGCCAAGCAAUAUUAUUUGAAGGGAUUUGAGCGAUUAGAUGUUGUACCAGAUAAGGGUGAACUACCACUAACUAAAGUUCCACCAUUUGUUGCGGUUCGUGGAGCUACGAUCUACAUAGCAUUUCAGCUGAAAUUUGCUGCUCGUCUCACUCACCAACCAAUUUUAUUGGCUUUUGGGAGUAGAUAUCCAACAAAGCAUCACCACCUACAUAAACAUGAUGACAAAACAUCCAUAAUGUUCGACUUCUCUUCAGGUUCUGUUUAUUCUGGUUCUGCUGCAUCUUCAUCUGCAUCUGCAUCUGCUGCACCUGAUAAAAUUGCUCAAACGAAGAGGACCCAUGGGAUAUUAGGUGUCCUUGGAUGGGGUCUAUUUCUUCCUUAUGGGACAAUUGCUGCGCGAUACUUCAAGCAUCAUGAUCCCUUAUGGUUUUACCUUCAUGUAGGCAUUCAGUUUGUGGGAUUUAUAUUAGGGCUUGCUGGUAUCGUAGUUGGAUUGUCUCUCUAUAACAGAAUUCAUGCCCAUUUUCCUACACACAGAGGCAUCGGAAUCUUCGUUCUUGUGCUCAGUAUUCUCCAGAUCGUGGCAUUCUUUCUACGACCUGACCAGGACAGCAAAAUCCGCAGAUACUGGAAUUGGUAUCACCACUGGGUCGGAAGGAUUGCCCUUCUCUUUGGAAAUGUGAAUAUAAUAGUGGGAAUUCAAAUUGGUGACGCGGGAAGUGGAUGGAAAGCAGGAUAUGGAUUUCUUCUUGGUACAGUUCUAAUUGCAACUAUUGUUUUAGAAAUAUUGUCAAGGAUAAAAAGGUCGGAGCAUACAGAUGUUCGUCCAGCUUUCCAAAUGAACUCACUUCAAUAAGCGAUAUUCAAGAACUCCAAUCAUAGGUCCUCUCUCUCUCAUCUUUGUAUUGAUGUUUUGGAUUGCUUUGUUCAGGGUGAGUAAGAUGUAUAGUACUUUUGCUUGUGAUUAGAGAUUCAACCUUGCAUCCAAUGUUUGAACAUAGAGAUUGAAGCCUUUUUAAUGUGUGAAUUGCCUCCACGCACAUGCAACAAGAUCACGAGAAAGCUAAUGUGGACCAUUGAGUGAGCUCUCCCCCAUUCCCAUGUGCCAUCCUCGCUUCUCUCUCUCUCUCUCUCUCUCUCUCUCUCUAGACAAACAUAGAGAUUUGUUUGUGUUCAUAUUACAAACUUCACAGCUUCGCCUGGUUAUGAAGGUUUUUGAUUGGAUGUAUCAGUAUUUCGUUGCCUCACAGCAUUGUUUUUUCUUCAUUAACCCUGUUCUUGUUAAAACUAUUUCUUGGAAGAAAAGUAUUGAUCACUCAUCUA